AUGCACAAAGAUAGCGGGUCAAAGCAGCCUCACUUGCAGCAUCCACAGAAAUCAGCGAGACAUGGGCUUGCUUAUGAAGUCAUAGAUGUUGACGCAUUUGACGAUACUGUUGUUGAAGCAGGGCCGUCAAACGUUGGAACUGCUACAACACGGCAGCCGGACUAUGACAGCGUCAAGCGAACCCCGAGUCCCUCAAAGUCCGAGAGAAUUACAAAGACUAGGCCUGUGCGCGAUGAAGGGGCAGUACUUCGUCCUAAGAUCGAAUCUGUCCCCCUGGAGACACCAAAAUAUGGACCAUUAAUCGUCAGUCCGUCCGUCUUUGAGGUGGACAGCAGGGUCUGGCCACCCAACAAGACGAUCCCGUACUCUCUGCUAGCACAUGCCCUGUCUACGCUCACGACAACAAGAUCACGCAUCACCAUCCUCAAUAUCCUGACGAACACGCUGAGGGUUAUCUUACAGGCACACCCGCCUUCACUGCUGCCUGCGUUGUAUCUUUUGUCAAAUACCCUGGCACCUGCGUAUGAUUCUGUUGAACUUGGUCUCGGCUAUUCGGUCAUCUUGAAGGCAAUACAACAUGUAUCUGGCCUUUCAUCUGGCGCCCUGAAGCGACUCUAUACGAAAACAGGUGAUCCUGGGGAUGUUGCAUUCGAAGCAAAAUCCAACGUCCGCACGUUGGUGCCGCACCCGCCUCUCUUGAUUACAGGUGUCUACGAGUCCCUAGUUCAAAUCUCGAAGGCGAAGGGGCCGGGCGCCGCCAAACAGAAGCAAUCCUUAGUCGAGAAACUACUGGUUGCUGCCAAAGGCGAAGAGGUUCGCUUCCUUGUUCGGACACUCUUUCAGAAUCUCAGAGUAGGCGCUGUAAGGACAAGCAUCUUGACUGCUCUCGCCCGAGCGAUGGUUAUGACACCUCCGGCGAGCAUAAGAGACAGCAUUGCCGCCGAUUCACCUUAUUAUGCCUCCGAUGAUCUGGUAGCUGCAGUCAAACAUAACCCCUUGAAUCGCCUUUCUGAGAAAUUUACCAAUGCAGAAAGGUUGCUUAAGCAAGUAUAUGUCCAACAUCCUAACUAUGGUCACAUCGCGAAGGCACUGGCUGAAGGUGGUCUAGAAGGUUUACCCGAUCGUGUCCCUUUUACAGUCGGUAUCCCACUUCUUCCUACUCUUGGCUCGCCAACUCGCUCGUUGGAUGAGAUAUACGACAGACUUGAGGACUUGCCGUUCGCUGCCGAGUUCAAAUAUGACGGGCAACGCGCCCAGAUACACGGAUGGAAAAACGCCCCGGACGGCUCCGUAGCGGUGAAGAUUUUCUCUAGGCAUCUCGAAGACAUGACAGAGAAGGCACGUAUAUCUACAUCGCUGACCUCCUACUUGUUUUUCUCCGACAGCAACCUUGAGUCUUUAAUAAUGGACACAGAAAUUGUGGCAAUAGAUCCCGGCAACGGAGAUUUGCGGACGUUCCAAGAAUUAUCUAACCGUGCUCGUAAAGAUGUCCAAGUGAACGAGAUCAAAGUUGUAGUGUGCGUGUUUGCUUUUGAUUUGCUUUACUUGAACGGCCAGGUCAUACUUCAAGAACCUUUCCGGGCACGGCGAUCUCUUCUUCGCUCUAAGUUCCCUCCUGUGAUUCCAGAAUGGCGAGGUGCUGCUCGUUUGGAUCACGUGAAGUCGGUCGAUAGCGAAGCGGGCAGGGACGCAGUCGAGGAGUUUUGGCAAGAGGCUGUCGAAAGCCGUGUUGAAGGCUUAAUGGUUAAGCUAUUGGACAGUGGCCAGGUCUUGACAGAUCCCAGUGACAAAAAGGACCGGCCACGACGGAAGCCUUUGCCAGCUACAUACGAGCCAGACAAACGGACAGCUGCGUGGCUGAAGCUCAAGAAGGACUAUGUAACGGGUCUCGGAGACAGUCUCGACCUGGUACCAAUAGGAGGAUGGCAUGGUAAUGGCCGUAAACACCAGUGGUGGAGCCCAAUUCUGCUGGGGCUCUACAAUCCGGCACUGGGCAAGCUUGUUGCUGUGUGCAAAUGCAUGUCCGGCUUUUCGGAUGUGUUUUAUAAGGCUUUAACCGAGAAAUACGCUGAUGGAUCUGAGAACUGCUCGCGACAAAACCUCUGGGAUGUUGAGACAGGAGGUACGCCGCAGGUGUACUUCAAACCUCAAGAAGUCUGGGAGAUCAGAGGUGCAGAUGUGACUGUCAGCCCAGUCUCCGUGGCAGCACUGGGACUGGUGUCCGACUCCAGGGGUCUGAGUCUCCGAUUUCCCCGAUUCAUGAAAGUCAGAGAAGAUAAGAGUAUUGAGCAGGCAAGCACUCCCGAUUUUCUGGCAGGGAUGUAUAGAAGUCAGCAGGGCAAAGGUGGAAAGGGUGAAGGAGUCGAUGACGGUGACCUACUGGAUGCAAGCAUGGAGUCCGAGCCCGAGGAAUCGGAGAUCGACCUUUCUGAUUCUUGA